CUCCAAUCCGCAGACUAUGUAGGCCUCGGUCCAUGUUCGAGCUUGCAGGCGCCGUUCUUGCAUGUCUUCCCUCCUUGGUCUCAAUUGCCAGUCCACCUCUCCUUCACUUGCCGGCUUUUUCUCUCUGCUGGGUCUCUUGUCAUCCUUAACUCUCCGAGUCGCUGUCGACCCCCAGCUCCUCCACCCGUGUGCGACAACUCGCCCACGGGCAGGCUGCUCCUGCUUGAUCUCGGACUCGCUUUCUCCUCCUAUUUAUAAAACCUUUCUCGAUAGCCUUAUCUAUACGGCCGUGGUCCUGGCCGAGUUCUACGCUAUUUUUAUCCCACCUGCUGCCACCCUCCUCCCUCCUCCACUACCAUGACGCCUCGUCGCUCCUCUCGAGCCCGCAACUCCCAACCCUCUCCUGCCAUCCUCCCGCAUACAAACUCCUCCAGCUCCUCCAAUUCCAUGACUCGAGAACGAAGUACCCGCUCGAACCACAAGAUCUCCUCCCCUCAGCGCUCUUCGAACCGAUCCCAGUCGAUCGACGAUGCCGACACGGCCUCGAAAAGCGACUUUCGAGAGACGCGGCAACGCCAGCGUGCUCGAGGGGAGGAUGAUAACGACCAACACAUCAGACAAGGGGAUGGCGACGAAGAUGAUGGAGACGACGACGAUGACGAAGAGGAGGAGAUUACCCGCUGUCUCUGUGGGCAGCAGGAAUACCCGGGUCUUCCUCCUUCACGUCGUGAGGCUGUUGGUCGCAGUGGUUUACGUACCGCCAUCAAGGAUGAGAACGUUUUCAAUCUCUCCACAGAACCAUCAGACCUGAUGUCAGACGAUAUUGGGAGCAUGUUUAUCCAAUGUGAUUCGUGCAAAGUCUGGCAGCAUGGUGGCUGUGUUGGCAUCAUGGACGAGGCCAUGAGCCCCGAAGAGUAUUAUUGUGAGCAUUGCCGCAAAGAUCUUCAUAAGGUCACCAAUGAACCGAAUGGACAAUACUCGUCCCAGUACCUUCCUGUCCUUCCCCCGUCGUCCACCGUGGUAUCCUCGCGAGAAUCGUCGCGCGAUACUGCCAGGCGCGCAAAAGACACUAAACAGCGGCAGAAUGACUCGACCGCCAAUCCUAAACGCCGAUCAACAAUGAAUAGCCGGGACGCUGCGUAUGAUGAAGAAGAGCAAAUUCGGCGAGCUAUCGAGGAGAGCAAGGAAGAAACACUUCCGGCUGAAGAUGAGGUUGUGGCCCGGAGGCCUAAGAGAAGCCGGAGUGAUAGUGAAGCUCACAAGCACACGACCAAACGACCGCGAACGAGUUCCCCAUCCCCGGGCCUGGUUUCGAAGAGUAACCCGGCGUCUCGCCCGGCCUCGGACGACGAGUCAAAAGCCAAGCCGGUCACCAAUGGGGCCCGAAGACAAAGAGCUGCAUCCCGGGGGCAGCGUGAUAAGGAAACAAAAGAGCCGGAGGAGCCGGAGCCGGAGCAAGCCGAUGUUACAAGUCGUCGCAAAGGAAGAUCUGAGAGACGGAAAGGUGAUGAUGCCGAAUCCGAUCACGAGGCCGCCUCACCCAUCAAGCCCGCUGCGACCGAGCCCGAACCCAAGCAACCGAGUCCCGAGGAAACACCUGCUCCGGUCCAAGAGCCUGUCCCUGUCCGUCCCUCCACUCGCAAAUCGGGCCGUCCUCCCGCUCGUCGUGGCGGUCGGGUCGGACGGAAUCAAUAUACUCGGGAUCGUGAUACCAACGGCACCGACUCGACGACUCGAUCCCCGCGGCGUGGACAGUCGCAUGACCUCGGUGGGGAUUCCCCGCGAGUGGGCGGUCCUAAUGGGACGCACAUAAAUAGCAAUGAGUCCGGGAAACCCAGCCGUCCUCGCUAUGUGAACCAACGAGCCACACUGAACGAAAUGAGAAGACGAGUGACUGCGAUUCUGGAGUUUAUCUCCCGCAUGCAGGUCGAAAUGGCGGUGGCAGGGGAGAGUAUCACCCCGCCUGGCAAUGGCCAUCGAGCCAACGGCAUUUUGCCCGAACUUCUGGGCGAUAACCCGCUGGUGUCUAUGGCCAGCGAGAGCGGCGCUGCGGUGGGGCAAGCACCCACGGAGAAAGACUUCAAGGACCUCAGCAGCGUGGAGAUGAUGGAUGUAUUAACCCGUCAUCUCCUCAAGUGGCAACAGGAGUAUGGCAAAUUCGGGGAAAGGUGACCAGCCGCGCCCCGCACAUGCUACCCUUCCCAGACCUAUUUCCUCUUUAGCAGAUCCCCUUUCGUCGGGGAGUUUUCGAUACGCACGAUACCCGGUUCGUCUCUUCUCAACGUGUGGGCAUGUAUAAUAUGGCUUCUGGAGCAUCUUGACGGAUCAAGUCGGCGUUACGAGUGUCUUGCUCAUAUAGUAUGAUUUGCUUGGUUGUUCGGGCGCGAAUUGGAUAGUGCUUUGAAUGUUUAUCGGUAUACUAACUUUGGGGAGUUUGCUGGCGUGAUGCUGUCUGUACCUUUGACCUGCUUUAGCUCUUCGCCUAUAAGAUUUGUACGACCAUGGCUUUUUAUCUGUUCCAUCCCCCCAGGCGGAGCUGGGUUUCUUGCUGGCGGGCUGGCGGGACUUUUCCUGAUAAUCAGAGCCUGGCUUUCCUUCUACUCCAAAUACUUUCCCGACUUGCGGC